AUGCCUGUCACUUUCAAAGUUGCAAAGCACGAAGCAGAGAAGUGGUGGGCCCAAAAGGCCACCACUCCGGGAGAAUUCCUCGAAAGAACGUCUCCUAGAGAUUACAGACGCUCCAAACGAAUUGUCCAAAGUUCUUUCGAAAAGCUCCCGUUCUAUGACACGCACGACCUACAGGAUCGCCAUAUCACACCAUCAGAAAACGGUCUUGUCCGGGCAAUCUUUUCGGCGUACAGCAGUCAUUAUAACCUUGUCCUCCGCCCGGAAGAUGUGUGGUUUUCCAUCCUAUCCCAACUCGGCUUCUACGUCAACGCGCAUGCCGAAGAACUAAGAUCAUACUUCGUUUCGCAUGAGGGACAGAAAGAACUCACAGUCAAAAGUGCAAUACGAGACUUUGGGGCUCUAGCGAUGGCAAUGACAGAGCAGAUUCAGGAGAACGUCAAGGACCCGGAGCUGCGAGAAUGGAUCAUGCCGGCUUUCAGCACAACCACCACAUCUGAUAAAAUCGUCUCGGCCAUUUUGAUGAUGGGCGUCCUGCAGAAAUAUUUCUCCUAUAAGAUGUGUCUCAUGUGCGGUAUCCCCAGCGUGACGUUGCUCGGCGAGCGGGAUGACUGGGUUCUGCUACUAUCAAAGAUCGACAAGAUUCCUGAGUUGGGUGAGGAACCGACACAAUUUACAACCCUUCUCCGGCCCAUUCUCCAGCACUUCAUCUCAUCAUUCGAUAACCCCUCCUCUCCUGAUACCGUGGACUUCUGGCAAAGGUCUGUCCAUAGUCAGGGUGGCGGUAGUGGCCCUAGCUAUUUGUCUGGCUGGGUUACGGCAUUUUGCUUUUGGGAUGCCGAGGGGAGGCCCCUCUAUCGCCAGGACACCGUGGCCAACGGUCUAGGUGGCAAUCUAGACGGUAUCUGGUAUCACCGGGUAGAUACGGAUGAGAUUCCUUCUGGUUAUAACACUGUUCCUGUGAAAGUCGACGACUUCGGUAAUGUUUACAUGACCAAAAUGCUCGCCGGUCUGGUCGGAAUCGAAGCGACACCGAUAACAAGUGCCAGUGACCAGGAAGCUGGAUCUUUGAAUACUAUUCAGCCGGUGGCAGGAUGGUGGAUGUAUGAGAUCGACUCAGGAGAGGAGGAGGCACGGGAAAAAGAAAAACGUCAGCUUAAAGCUGAAAUGAACUCCAUAGAGGCUGCAUCUGCCGAUUGGGCUAACGACCCCCAACUCAGCGAGCGUUACUGGAAGUUAUUUAGCAAGCACCGCGAUUUAGAACUGGUCUGA